AUGUUAAUUAUUUCUUUAACUUUUUACUUUUCCUUUUUUCUUUGUACAUUUCUCCAUUUUUCUUGCCUCCUUUCAACGUUUUUUCUCCUUUUCUUUUCUUUUUUACUCAUUUCUCCUUUUCUUUUUAUACUCAUUUCUCCUUUUCUUUUUAUACUCAUUUCUCCUUUUCUUUUUUACUCAUUUCUCCUUUUCUCUUUUUUUUUUUUUUUACUCAUUUCUCCUUUUCUCUUUUUUUUUUUUUACUCAUUUCUCCUUUUCUCUUUUUUUUUUUUUUUUUACUCAUUUCUCCUUUUCUCUCUUUUUUUUUCACUCAUUUCUCCUUUUCUCUUUUUUUUAUUCAUUUCUCCUUUUCUCUUUUUUUUAUUCAUUUCUCCUUUUCUCUUUUUUUAUUCAUUUCUCCUUUUCUCUUUUUUUUAUUCAUUUCUCCUUUUCUCUUUUUUUAUUCAUUUCUCCUUUUUCUUUUUUUUUUCUACAUUUCUCCUUUUUCUUUUUUUUUCUUAUACAUUUCUCCUUUUUCUUUUUUCUUCUCAUUUCUUUUUUCUCUUUUUUACUCAUUUCUCCUUUUCUCUUUUUUUACUCAUUUCUCCUUUUCUCUUUUUUUUACUCAUUUCUCCUUUUCUCUUUUUUUUACUCAUUUCUCCUUUUCUCUUUUUUUUAUUCAUUUCUCCUUUUCUCUUUUUUUUAUUCAUUUCUCCUUUUCUCUUUUUUUUUUACUCAUUUCACCUUUUCUCUUUUUUUACUCAUUUCUCCUUUUCUCUUUUUUUUUACUCAUUUCUCUUUUUCUUUUUUUUUUCUCAUUUCUCUUUUUUUUUUUUUAUUCAUUUCUCCUUUUUUUUUUUUUUUUUUUUCAUUUCUCCUUUUCUCUUUUUUUUACUCAUUUCUCCUUUUCUCUUUUUUUAUUCAUUUUUCCUUUUUUCUUUUCUUUUGACUCAUUUCUCCUUUUUUCUUUUUUUACUCAUUUCUCCUUUUUCUUUUUUUUACUCAUUUCUCCUUUUCUCUUUUUUUUUACUCUUUUUUCUCCUUUUCUUUUUUUUUACUCAUUUCUCCUUUUCUUUUUUUUACUCAUUUUUCUUUUCUCUUUUUUUUCUUCUCAUUUCUCCUUUUUUUUUUUUUACUCAUUUCUCCUUUUCUCUUUUUUUAUUCAUUUCUCCUUUUCUCUUUUUUUUUUCAUUUCUCCUUUUCUCUUUUUUUCUUACUCAUUUCUCCUUUUCUCUUUUUUUUUUACUCAUUUCUCCUUUUCUCUUUUUUUACUCAUUUCUCCUUUUCUCUUUUUUUCUUACUCAUUUCUCCUUUUCUCUUUUUUUUUAUUCAUUUCUCCUUUUCACUUUUUUUUUUUUUACUUUCUUUUUCUCUUUUUUUUUUUUUUUUUUACUCAUUUCUCCUUUUUUUUUUUUUUUACUCAUUUCUCCUUUUCUCUUUUUUUUUACUCAUUUCUCCUUUUCUCUUUUUUUCUUACUCAUUUCUCCUUUUCACUUUUUUUCUUACUCAUUUCUCCUUUUCUCUUUUUUUCUUACUCAUUUCUCCUUUUCUUUUUUUUUUUCAUUUUCUUCCUUUUCAUUUUUUUUUUCUUACUCAUUUUCCUUUUUUCUUUUUUUUUACUCAUUUCUCCUUUUCUCUUUUUUUUUACUCAUUUCUCCUUUUUCUUUUUUUUUUUUCAUUUCUCCUUUUCUUUUUUUUCUUUUUCAUUUCUCCUUUUUUUUUUUUUUACUCAUUUCUUUUUUUUUUUUUUUUACUCAUUUUCCUUUUUUUUUUUUUUACUUUUUCUCUUUUUCUCCUUUCACUUUUUUUCCCUUUUUUUUUUACUCAUCUCUCCUUUUCCUUUUUUUUUCCCUUUCUUUUUUUUACUCAUCUCUCCUUUUCUCUUUUUUUUUUUUUUUUUUACUCAUCUCUCCUUUUUCACUCUUUUUUCCCUUUCUUUUUUACUCAUCUCUCCUUUUCCUUUUUUUAUUUUUUUUUUUUUUUCAUCUCUCCUUUUCCUCUUUUUCCUUUCUUUUUUUUACUCAUCUCUCCUUUUCCUCUUUUUUCCCUUUCUUUUUUACUCAUCUCUCCUUUUUCUCUUUUUUUUCCCUUUUUUUUUUACUCAUCUCUCCUUUUCUCUUUUUUCCCUUUUUUUUUUUACUCAUCUCUCCUUUUCCUCUUUUUUCCUUUCUUUUUUACUCAUCUCUCCUUUUCACUCUUUUUUCCUUUCUUUUUUACUCAUCUCUCCUUUUCCUCUUUUUUUUUCUUUUUUUACUCAUCUCUCCUUUUCCUCUUUUUCCUUUUUCUUUUUUACUCAUCUCUCCUUUUCUCUUUUUUCCCUUAUUUUUUUUACUCAUCUCUCCUUUUUUCUUCUUUUUUCCUUUUCUUUUUUACUCAUCUCUCCUUUUCCUCUUUUUUCCUUUUUUCUUUUUUUCCUCUCUCCUUUUCUUUUUUCCCUUUCUUUUUUUCCUCAUCUCUCCUUUUUCCUUUUUUUUCCCUUUUUUUUUUACUCAUCUCUCCUUUCUCUCUCUUUUUUUUCCCUUUUUUUUUACUCAUCUCUCCUUUUCCUCUUUUUUUUCCCUUUUUUUUUACUCAUCUCUCCUUUUCACUCUUUUUUCUUUCUUUUUUUACUCAUCUCUCCUUUUCACUCUUUUUUCCCUUUCUUUUUUUACUCAUCUCUCCUUUUCACUCUUUUUUCCCUUUCUUUUUUUACUCAUCUCUCCUUUUCACUCUUUUUUCCCUUUCUUUUUUUACUCAUCUCUCCUUUUCACUCUUUUUUCCCUUUCUUUUUUUACUCAUCUCUCCUUUUCCUCUUUUUCCCUUUCUUUAAUCUCAUCUCUCCUUUUCCUCUUUUUCCCUUUCUUUUUUACUCAUCUCUCCUUUUCACUUUUUUUCCCUUUCUUUUUUACUCAUCUCUCCUUUUCCUCUUUUUCCCUUUCUUUUUUUACUCAUCUCUCCUUUUCUCUUUUUCCCUUUUUUUUUUUUUCAUCUCUCCUUUUCCUCUUUUUCCCUUUUUUUUUACUCAUCUCUUUUUUCCUCUUUUUUUCCCUUUUUUUUUUUACUCAUCUCUCCUUUUCCUCUUUUUCCCUUUCUUUUUUUUUCAUCUCUCCUUUUCCUUUUUUUCCCUUUCUUUUUUUUUCAUCUCUCCUUUUUUUCUUUUUUUCCCUUUCUUUUUUUUCAUCUCUCCUUUUCACUCUUUUUCCCUUUUUCUCUUCAUCUUCCUCGGUUGUAUUCAAAUACAAUGCAGAGUAA